CAACUCCGCACCAUCUUCUGUAAACGUCAGGCUAUGUCUACCGCCAUCGAUCCUUCCCCAGGCUCAUCUACUAAUAUCUCUGAUGCCAUCCUAAACGACGUAUCAGAAGUUCCAUGUUCUGGAGACUCGACAGUCGUGAAUGUUUCGGCUUUGGAAUAUACUGGGAAAAUGAAUGGCUUCUCCUGGAAGACUUUUGCAAAGUUUGUUGGGCCGGGGUACAUGGUUGCGGUUGGAUAUCUGGACCCAGGAAACUGGGCAACUGAUCUUGCUGCCGGUUCCCAGUUUGGCUACCGUCUCCUGUUUAUCGUUCUUCUAUCGAAUCUGAUGGCUGUACUUCUGCAGUCUCUCUGCAUCAAGCUUGGUAUUGUCACAGGACGGGAUCUCGCGCAAGCCUGUCGAAGAUAUUUUCCGGCUAAGCUGAACAUUCUUCUUUACAUCCUGUGCGAACUGGCCAUCAUCGCGACGGACAUUGCCGAAGUUAUUGGAACCGCUAUUGCCUUGAAAUUAUUGUUCAACCUGCCACUACCGCUGGGUGUUGUGGUUACCUCAUUGGACGUUUUGGUCAUUCUGAUGGGAUGGGACGUCAAGCAUAUCAGGCUGUUUGAAUGGUUCAUAAUAUUUUUGAUGGCUACCUGCGGGGUCUGCUUUGCGAUGCUAGUAGGGAAGAGCCAUCCAAACUGGCGUACGGUUUUCACAGGCUUUUUACCUACACCCGAAAUUUACACGGAGAGUGGCCAGCUUUACAUUGCCAUGGGAAUCAUCGGAGCCACAGUGAUGCCACACAAUCUGUACUUACAUUCGAGCAUCGUUAAAUAUCGCGCGCCCGGACGCGCAAGUGUGGUCGGGGCUAUUCACGAGAUAGAAGCUUGUGAAUCGGACAGCGAGGACGAAAGCUAUCAGCCGUUGUUGCGCAAAUCCAACUUACCUGUUGCGCUACGUAUGACCCAUUUGGAUUCGGUCAUUGCCUUAACGUUCGCGCUGUCGAUCAAUUCGGCCAUCUUGAUUGUCGCUGCGGCGAACUUCUAUGGGUCGGAAGACAAGGAUGUGGCUGAACUUGAGGAUGCAUUCGUGUUGCUCCAAAAAUAUUUAGGCACAUCUGCAGGCAUACUGUUUGCUGUCGCGCUGCUAUUUUCGGGCCAGAGUUCAACCAUCACAGGGACAAUGGCGGGUCAGAUCAUAAUGGAAGGGUUUUUGGGAACAAGUUUCCGACUGCGACCAUGGAUCCGGCGACUUGUUACUCGCGUCGUAGCCAUCAUCCCUGCCAUGAUAGUCGCUCUCGUGGAGGGCGACAGGGGGGUAAACGAUCUGUUGGUCUUCAGUCAAGUCGUAUUAAGUCUACAGUUACCAUUUGCAGUUUGGCCACUGGUGUAUUUUACGUCCAGCAAGAGAGUCAUGACCCUCAAAUUCGAGGGAACAGGGCCAGCAGAGUCAUCAGAAACGGAUUCGUUAGUUGACACACGGUACGGCCCCAAGACCGUCGAAGAGGACGCUUCUGAAGUGUCAUAUGCCAAUGGGGUUACUACCACUGUUCUGGCUGUGGUAGUUGCGACAUUGAUAACAAUGUUCAAUGUUAUCCUAAUUGUGCAGGUUGCUAUGGGAAAAUCUUGAAAGCGCCAGCAACAGCAGAUGUAAACCUUAGUAUUGUACAUAUGUUAGUCAUAUAGUUGUGUAGAUAGAAUAAUCAAUCGCUGUGCUUCUACGAUACUUCAGUAUUAUUUGGACGAUAUUUUUAAGGAUAGAUAUAUCAACCAUGGCGCAAUGCCGAUAUCGUCCAUCACGC